AUGAGCCACAAUUUACAGCCGCCUGCGGAGACGGCUCCAUCCUCUCAGAGCGAUUCUAUAGGUAGCCCGUUUCGUGAUCCUCACCCAAAUGAUCCCGAAAACGCGUCGCUGCUCUUCGAGCUGGACUCGGUGAGCACAGAAGAUCGUCACAGCCCGGAGACACCUAGCAGCUCGGAGUUGCCUUCAACACAGCGGCGAUUUGACGAAAUUUAUGAGGCUGAGGCGCUGGCAAUGUUCGAGCAGAGCGAGAACAAAUCAAAUAUGAGAAUGGCUUUCAUGAACAUGGCCAACAGCAUUCUGGGAGCCGGAAUCAUAGGCCAGCCUCUGGCAUUCAAAAACUCCGGCGUCUUGGCCGGUUUGGUGUUGAUGGUGUUUCUGACAGUUCUCGUUGAUUGGACCUUGAGAUUAAUAAUCGUGAAUGCUAAACUUUCGGGGCAGAAGACGUACCACGAUACGGUGUUUUUCUGCUUUGGACUACCUGGAAAGAUCACGAUAUUACUGGCCCAGGGCCUGUUUGCAUACGGAGGCUCCAUGGCAUUUUGUGUGAUUAUUGGGGAUACCAUUCCACAUGUUCUGAGGACUUUGGCCGGGGAUUGGGUGGAAAAAUCGGCCGUUUUGAACUUUCUGUUGAGCAGAAACGUGCUGAUAUUGGCGUUAUCCGGGUGCAUUUCGUACCCAUUAUCGCUCAAUCGUGAUAUUUCGAAACUGGCCAAGGCCAGUGGUGUUGCUCUGGUUGGAAUGCUCAUAAUAGUGACAGUGGUGGUGGUACACGGACCACAGAUGCCUGCUGAUCUGAAGGGUUCAAUAUCGACCUCCCAAUGGUUUAUCAAUAAGAAUGUCUUCCAGGGAAUCAGCGUGAUUUCGUUUGCCUUGGUUUGUCACCAUAACACGACUUUCAUCUACGAGUCCAUGAAGAAACCCACUUUGGACAGAUUUGCCAAACUGACUCACAUAUCUUGCUUCAUUUCUAUGAUAGCGUGUGGGCUGAUGGGAAUGGUUGGAUAUCUCACUUUCAAGGAUAAGACCAAGGGCAAUAUCCUGAAUAAUUUCCCGAGCUCUGAUUGGGUUGCCAACAUUGCGAGACUAUGUUUUGGCCUCAACAUGCUGACCACGUUUCCGCUGGAGGUGUUCGUGGUUCGUGAGAUAGCGAGGGAUUUCUUGGUGAUGUGGAAAAAAUCUCGCGAGUCUGGUUAUGCUUCUUUGACUAGUCAGUCAGAAGAUGAUCAAACGGAACUUUCUGACAAAGAGCAUUUCUGGCUGACCACAGUACUAUGUUUUUCGGCCAUAUCCGUCUCGCUUUUUACCUGCAAUCUUGGGGCCAUUCUGGAACUUGUAGGAGCUACUUCUGCCUCCAUAAUGGCGUACAUUCUGCCACCCAUGUGUUUACUGAAGAUGACAACUAAUAAGAGCUUUUUGCAAAAGUUGCCUGCUCGUGCGUGUAUUGUGUUUGGGUAUGUGGUGAUGUUUCUUUCGUCUGCGCAGACGAUCUACGGGGCGAUUCACACGAAAGGCGGCGAGCAUUGUAAUGUGGAUUGA